CAGCCCUGGACGCCUAGUCAGCCACCCAAGACCCCCGACCCCAUCCAGCCAAUCCGGUUCCGGUCAACCUGCUAGACGAGGCGAUGUCGCCGCGCCGGGCGCUCCUCGCCAUCCUCCUCGCCGUCGUCCUCGCCUCCGCUUCCGCGGCGCCCCAGCCCCCGCCUUGCAGCCGCUCGUGCGCGGCCCUGAAUUGCGACUCCGUUGGAAUCCGCUACGGCAAGUACUGCGGCGUGGGCUGGAGCGGCUGCGACGGCGAGAAGCCCUGCGACGACCUCGACGCCUGCUGCCGCGACCACGACAGCUGCGUCGAGAAGAAAGGUUUACAUUUGCUUGCCUGCUCUGCUUGCGUCCCUGUUGUCUGCCUUGUUGUGCUCGUUAGUGAGAUGGGUGGAUGGAUCAAGCCACUAGCCUGCAAAUCAUCACUAGCAAGGAAUUUUUCAUUGGAUGGGUUUUGCGUUGCCGGAUGCAAUGUGAUCACUCCACUCGGUAUGAUGAGCGUGAAAUGCCAUGAGAAGUUCAAAAACUGCAUGAGGAAAGUGAAAAAGGCAGGCAAGGUUGGCUUCUCCAAGAAAUGCCCGUAUGAGAUUGCUAUGGCAACGAUGACUCAAGGGAUGGAUAUGGCCAUCAUGCUCAGCCAGUUGGGCAGCCAGAAGGUGGAACUCUAGCGUUAGCUCAGCUUCACCUCAGCUGCAUGCUGCUUGAUUCUAACUGAAAUACAUGCAUAUAUACUCCACUGAAGAAUAGAAUUUACUGCCACAUGAUUACUAUUGUUUCAUCGGAUGCAUAGCUUAUUUUUGGACUGCCAAAUUGAAACGGGAAGAAAAAAGUUUAUUUUAUUUUUCAGCA